CUUGCACAAAAGGUAUGUAAUAGCGAGAGUAUGAAAAAAUCUUUUAAGCACUUGUUUUUUGUUACUGUUUCUCAAAGUUUCAAAUUCAAUGAAUUGCUGAAGAAGAUGCUAAAGAAACUUAUGGUAGGAGAGGGAUCUCUGAGGGGAAAUGACAUUGAGGAGCUAUUGGAAAGGCUUAACAGCGAAUUAGAUGGGAAAUACUUAGUAGUCUUGGACGAUGUUUGGGGAAUGGAUGAAGGGAUGUGGUGGAAUAACUUGAAGUCCGCUUUGCCCCAAGUGAAGGGUAGCUGUGUCCUUGUUACAACAAGGAAUGAGGAGGUUGCUAAAUCAAUGGGAGCUACUGAUAGACGCAUACACUAUCCCCAACCUCUUUCAAAUGAAGAUAGUUGGUCAUUAUUUAGCAAAGUAGCUUUUGCAAGAAAUGGAGGUAAAUGCACAAAUCUAGACUUGGAGGGCUUGGGAAAGGAGAUCGUCGCGAGGUGUGGGGGGCUUCCUUUAACAAUCAAGGUUGUGGGCGGAAUGAUGCUGGGGAAAUGUGAUUCCAUCCAUGAAUGGAGGCGAAUAUUGGAGCACCUUGAGGAGGAUCAGCUAGUCAUUUCGAGACUAGAGUUAAGCUACGAAGAGCUCCCAACAAACUUAAAACCUUGCUUCUUGUGCCUUGCCAUGUUUCCUGAAGAUUUUGAAAUACCAGUUAGGGACAUGGUUAACUGGUGGAUUGGUGAGGGUUUUGUUGGGGGAAGAAAUGGGAAAACGGCAUUUGAGAUCGGAGAAGAAUGCCUUGCAGAAUUAUUUAAUCGAUUCUUGAUAUCUGGAGUGGAAAAAGAUGCCUUUGAAAGACGCUUCGUAUCAUGCAAAAUGUAUGAUAUGGUUCGAGAUAUGGUUAUAAAAGUUGCAAGAGAAGAGAGCUUUUUUGCGAGCCUGGAUGGUAGAGGUAUGUCAGGGUCUAGUGUGCAGCCUCGCCGCUUGGGAAUUUCAAUGAACACAACAAUGGACAGUAUCCGAAACAGUUCCUUCAAGUUGCGGACGUUGGUUGGAAUGGAAAUUGAGAGCAAAGUGAUCAUUGCUAGUGUAAAAGCAAAAAUCUGCAAAGUAAGGUGGUUGAGGGUCUUUUCUCUUUCAUUGUCAAGCACCCGAAUAGAUGAUGUCAUGGCCAAGGAAUAUUGGUUGAGUGGGAUAGGGUCAUUGCAGCACCUCGUUUAUCUUAAAAUAGAGAAUUCUGCCUUAAGAGCACUCCCUGAUUCAAUCGGAAAUCUUCGUAAUCUUCAGAUUCUAUGUUUAUACGACUGCCCCAAUUUGGAAAGACUUCCUGUGUCAAUCGCAACAUUGGAGAAGCUGACAGCCAUUGAAAUCCUUCAGUGUUGGUCUUUAGAAUGCAUGCCAGAAGGGCUUGGAAAGCUUUCAAAUCUUGAACGGUUAAUAGGGUUUAUGCCAGUGAAUACAGGUCGUAAAAAUGGAUUCACAUUUUCACAGUUGAAGAACUUGACAAGUCUCAGAGAACUUGUAAUGGAGAUAAACUCAGAGGAACAAAUUGAAGGGGAUUGGAAUGUGUUAUCAAUGCUCCACCAUCUGCAAUUUCUAGCGGUAGACUUCAUUGGCAGUUCUCUUAAUGGCGAUGGAUUUUUAUGGAAGAUAAACCGUCAGCUUUCUCCUCCCCUAAAAUCCCUCAGAGAGUUGUAUCUUUGGUACUACCCAGGAGAGAUCACGCCUGCAUGGCUCAGUCCUUCUUCCCUUCCCAAUCUUCAGUUUCUUUCCAUUUACAAAGGAAGUAUUAGGCAGAUGGACCACAGAUUUUGGGGCAGUGAUAGCGCGGUAUGGAAAGUGGAGGUCUUGGUGCUAGCAGUAUUAGAAGAGAUGGAUGAGGAGUGGCUGAGGAUGCGAAGGGCAAUGCCAUCUUUAAGACGACUCAAGGUUUGUGACUGUCCGAAGCUUAAGUCAUUCCCAUUCAAUGCUGUCUUUGAAGAUUCUAUUGGUUGGAAGUGGAGCGUAUGGAGGAAAGAAGAAGAAGAAGGAGGUGAGGCUAUUGUAAUUCAUGUGUAACCUUACUUCAUUUCUUUUGUAUGUCUUAACCAUUCGAUGAUGUCUUUACAGAUUCUAUCGGUUGGAACUGGAACAGAUGGAUGAAAGAAGAAGGUAAGGCUAUUGUAAUUCAAGGGUAACCCUAACUUAAUUCCUUUUGUAUAUCCUACCAUUUGUUUCACACAAAUGCUCAUGUGUGAGAUCUUAUUUUUUCAUUGGGUUGGAAAAAAAUAUUGGAUCUUCUGCCUAAAAAUUCAGACAAUCUCAUUCUUCAGAUGGGCCACACUGUACAAAAUAAAUUGAUGGUUAAAAUUUUAAACCAUUCAUUUGUAUUGAUACGUUGUGCAUGGCCCAUCUGAGUUGUGAAUAAUGGACUGAUUUUUCAUGUGAGGUGAUCUAGAUCUAAACACCGUAUCGCACCUGGUGGAAAGCUCAUCUUUCAUGCAUGUAUCAAGUUGUGACACAUGCCCACAUGUGUGGAAUUAGUAGACCUAUAUUGUGAGACGAUCACUUUUGUCAGACGUUGCAUAGGGCUAAUAUGCUACUGGUCAAGCUACUUGAUACUCUAGCCAUGUUUGACACUUCAUACAUAGGCAUUUA